AUGAUUGGUAACCGUCUCUUCACUCAUCUUCGCACUCGAGUUGCACUUCUUCCCUCUCUGAAGAGGCAAUAUUCAUUAUUGACAACAACACACCCAAACAACACAUUGAACAUCAACAACAGAUUCAACAGCAACCACAAGGUGGUGGUGAUGGUUCUUCUUUCCAACAACAAGCUCCUCAACAACAAGGAGGAUCUUCUUAUUCUCAACAACAAGGAAGUGCUUCUUUCCAACAACAACAACAACAAUCAUUACAACAGCACCGUAAUACGAUGUUUUUCUUCUUCACAAUUUUCUCUUCGAUACUCCUUCAUCAACAAGGAAGACAUUCAACAAUUACUCAAAGACAAAGUUCCCGAUCAAGAUUUUGUCUUGAUUGAUGUUCGAGAGAAUGAAGAGUUUACAUCGGCCGAUCUGCCUGCCAUUCACACCAGUGCUCACAACAUUCCUCUGAAUGAUUUGGGUCCAGCUUUGUUGACCAUGGAUGCCAAACAAUUCAAGUAUGUGUAUGGAUUUGAUAAACCAAUGGUGGAUGCUCAUUCUGAAUUGGCAACGAGUGGCUAUGGAGCAUCGAGAAAUGUCUCUGAAAAACCAAAAUCAGUACUGUCAGGAAGUGAUUCCAAUUCAGCUCUGUCUUCAAAAAAGAUUAUUGUGUAUUGCAAAAUGGGAGGAAGAGCUGAAAAAGCCGCUCAGUUAUUGAAUGAUUUGGGAUUUGAAAAUGUAUUUUGUUACAAGGGAAGUGCAAGUGAGUGGUGGAACAAGAAAUAA